AUGUCUGUUGCACCACAAUCCAUUCCAUCACAGGGUCAGCACACCAUGAGCGGCGGCAAAGCGCUCUCCGACUCGCCCACCAAGCAAGACUCGGUCUUCCUAUCCACCGCAUCACCCGAAUCCGAAGCCUUGUCAACAGACGACAUCACCUCGGACUCGUCCACCAGCGCACGCAUCCGAUCCGACAGCUCUCAGCCCAAGCUGAAGAGCAUUCUUGACAACCCAAACGAUGUACUUCCCCGCAAGCCUUCACGAUCGGGCAGCGAAUCUGGCUUCAAAGCUGCUCUCAAGGCGACCUUUCUCCCACCACCUACGCCUGGUCGUCAGAUCAAGGUCAAAGACGGCAAGAAGCUAGGCAAGACGUUCAAGCGCUCCGAACCACGCGAUCACGAUUUUGAAGGCGGCGAAGUGCUCGACUACGAUCCACGCGGAAAGCAUGCUACGGCCGGCGAUGGCAUCGUGCCCACCUCCAACCUCAUGGGUCCCCCUGACAGUGCGAGCGAGUCCGGCUACGGCAGCGAUAAGGAGAGCAGUCUCGGUACGCCCAGCGAGGCCGGGGAAUCGGAUCUCUCUCGCUCCUUUACAUCCGAAUCCAGCUCAGCGUGGGAGAGAGGGCGAGGUGCUUCUUCGAUACCCAACAGAACCAGAGGCGAUUCGGUCGCAUCCACCACCUCGAGCAGCAGCAGCGCAGCGAUCAAGUUCGCUCCGCUCCCCGUGUCCGGGCGGCUGAAGCGUGCGAAUUCCAUCACCAUCGGUGUUGCUGCUCGAUCGCACCUGUUGCAGUCGCAAGGAACAGCGGCACCGCCAAGACAGUCCUUCACGCCGCAGCAUGUGCACGGCUCCCAAAGCUGGUACAACCCCAAUGCGCAUCCGAAGCACGACGACGUGGUGGACGUGGGCGAGGUGCUCGGGAAAGGCGCUUCCAAGGCGUGGAAGUUCAUUCGUGGCGGUAACACGAGCGAUGACGCCAGCGCCGGUGCCAAAUCCAAGCCGACUGUCGAUAGCGCAGACCAGAAAGCGGCAGAGAGAGCAGCCGCAUUCGACCGACCCCACAAGGCCUUUCCGAAAGAAGGUGCGCCCGUGGCAGACCCCGAAACGGGAGAACUCAAGAUGGCCAACGAAUCGUCAUCACACAGCACCAAGGUGUCGACGGGUCAAGUCUCGGAUACAGCCAAGAAGCUGCCACAAGGUGGUGGCGAUCAGACACCACGUCGAGCGGCCAGCCCCAGCGCGCCGAUGCGAAGUUUGUCCAUCUCGGAAGAUCCGGAUGCCGAAGAAGCGGCUGCUGCACUCGAAGCUGCCCAUGCGCAGAACGCUACAAAGCAGGCUCAUCUUCCGAAUGGACACCAUCCACACGAGCUGGAAGACGGCCCGCAGCACGACACGUUCCACCUCGCCGAUGAGCAUCAUUUGGACUCGGGCGCAGCCACACCGAGGAGCGGCAUGCAGAGACGAUUGUCGACGGGCGCCUUCCUGCGCGGACUGUCCGUUCGAGGAAUGCAAGAAGACAGGAGGAGAGACUUUUUGGGUCUAGACGGAGAGGAAGGCGACGAGAGGAGGGAUAUCGCGGUCAGAACACCAGCGGGGAGAGAGGAGGAGCUCGGACUGGAAGGAUUCGGUCAUUCGAGGCAACAAUCGUGA